AUGCCUUCUCAAAUGGAACGCACCAUGGAAAUGAUGGUGUUCACACUUCACAAAUUCGCUGGGGAGAAAGGCUGCUUAAUAAAGGAGGACCUGAGAGUUCUCAUGGAAAAGGAGGUCCCUGAAUUUUUGGAAAAUCAGAAAGAUCCUCUGGCCAUAGACAAAAUAAUGAAAGGUAUGAACCAAUGCCGAGAUGGCCGUGUGGGCUGCCAGACCUUCUUUUUGCUGAUUGCCGGGCUCCCCAUCACGUGCAAUGACAACUCUGUAGCACACACGAAGCAGGAGGGAAAGAAGCAGGCAGCUGAGCAGCUACUUCCUCCCCGGGAAAGAGCUUUCCCAGAGAAGGAUGAGAAGGCUGUGACUAAGAAUAUGAUGGUAAGGAAAAUCAAGAUCUUCACGUUGCAGGAGAUUAUUUAG